AUGAAGCUCCAAACCGCUCUCACUCUUUUUUCGGCCGCCACAGCUGUCUUCGCUACACCCACGCCAGACACCCCCGAAGUGGAUAGAAUGCCCCGAGAUAUGACGAUUCGGGACUUCGUACGCUCUUGCUCUGAACACAGGUGCAGUUACCGGUUUAUCAUUGAGACCGAGCACGGAGAGCAGAGAUGUAUGCUUGAGGAUCGCGCCGAUGACGCACCUCAUCAUUCCUUUUAUGCGGUGCCAUGUCGUGAGAACUCAAACUGGGACAUAUCUUGGGGUUGGAAUCAUCCAGAUGAUUUCACAGUUAUGACGGUCGUUAAUGUGGCCGGGCAAUGGGAGGCUUUCUUUGGCUACAACCACCCGAAUGCGGGAUUGCCCGUUGUCAGAUACGCGGAUGUUGGACCAAAUCCUGUACAGCAUCGUUAA